AUGCAUCCUGUUGUAUUUUAUUUGCUUUCAGUAGCAGCCUUAUCUAUAACUACUGGAAUUGGGUUAUUUGUUGUUAAUUAACAAUAUAGUAGAUAAAAUAUGUAUCCUUAAGUAAACAAAGCAUAAUGUGAUCAUAGAAAUUAUAAAAUAUUUACUUUACCUAACUAAAUUCAUGUUAUGGUCAUAGCAUCAAAUAGAACUGAACUUAGUGCAGUUGCAUUAAAAGAAGAAACUGGUUAUAUGAAUGAUCCAAAAGAUUUUUAAGGUAUGAGUAAUUAUAUUCAAUAAUUAUUGUAAACUUCAUAAAAAUAUCCAUAAGCUGAUCUAUUGAGAAAGAUUAUUAUGCUAAAUGCAGGAAAACAAAUAAGAAUUAUAAAUGAACAUGAAAGCAUAUAUUAUGCUUAAGUUCAAAAUGAUGCGUUUUUUACACUUUUAGAUGUUAUCUCUAGAUUAUUUAUUGAUCCUUAAUUUACUAAAUAAUCAAUGGAUAGAGUUCUAUAGAAUCUUCAUGCUUAAUGGAAGAGUAUGGAAUAAUAUGAUUAUACAGAAUAAUUGAUUUCUAAAACCAAACAUCCUUACAGUUAAUUUUAAACAGGAAACUUAAAAACUUUAUUUGAAAUACCUGAAGAUGAAGGAAAAAAUCCAUAUAUUGAAGCUAAAAAAUUUUAUCGAUCUAAAUAUUCAGCUAAUAGAUUAUCUGUAGUCAUUUAUACUAAUGAAGAAUUAAAAAAAAGAGUUACAGAAUUAUUAUUUGAGUAUUUCAAUGGAUGUGUUGAUAAAUAAUUGUAAAAAGUUACUUAUAAACAUUAUGGAUUACCUCUAAAGAAUCAAAGAUUUUUUUAUAUUCAAAGUAAAGUUAAAGAAUUGAGAAUUGAAUUUGAUUUUGAUAUAGAAAAUAAUCAUUUAACAAAAUCAUUAGAAUUUGUAAUUCUUAUGAUUAUGAAAUAAUUUGAAACCAAUUUUUGUGAUGAAAUGGUUGAAAAAAGAUUAGCCUUUAAAUGUUAUUAUACAUUUAAGGAAAUACCAAAAGAAUUUGCUAUUUUUAGAAUAUUUCUACAUUUACCUAAUAAAACUAAAAUUGAUGAGAUUCUUAAUUCAUUAUACAAAAGAAUUAAUUACAUUAAGUAAUAAAAUAAUUUAGAAUAAUUUUGGGAUCAACUUUUAUAAACACAAGAAAUCAAUUUUUAGUAUUCUAACUAUGAUAUAGAGAAUAUAAUUUAAUUAUCAUCUAAUUUGAAGCAAUAUUUUUCAAAAGAUAUUUUAUAAAAUAAAUUACUUAAGAAAUAUGAUAAAGCUGCCAUUUCCCAAGUUCUUUCAUAAAUGGAACCAUAAAAUAUGACCAUAAUAUUAUUAGACAAUUUUUAUGAUUCUUAUUAAACUGAUAUUGGAUUUAUGAAAUUUGGAGAUUCUUUUAUAUAAUAAGCUUAAUGUAAAGAAGAAAAGAAAAAAAUAUUCAAAGGAAAUGUUAAAAAAAGAUAUAGAGUUUAUGAGGAUGAAUUGAGUGAACCAAUUAUAGAUAAAAAAGAAUAUCCUGAUGAAUUAUCAGAAGAAGAAGAAUUUAUUAUUGAGCCAGAUGAUGUAAUUUAAACUGAAUAAGAUUAUGAUAUUGAUAAAGGAUAUUCUAUACCUGAAAUUGAUAAUUUUUCAUAUCAUUAACUUUUUGGAUUAAGAAGUUUUGAAGCUGGAAUUACUAUAAACACAGUUCAAAAGCUUCUUAAUAUUAAAGAUACAACACUAAAAAUAAUUGACAAUUCUUAAAUUCCAACAAUAUUUGGAUUAAUACCUCAAUCAGUAGAUAGUUAAAAUACAAAAAAAAAAAAGAAAAAUUUUAAAUAUCCUGAAUUAUUGAUAACUAAUGUGGCAGGAAAUUUAUGGCAUAUUUAAGACACAAUUAAUGGUGUUCCUAAAGUAUAAUUUAGAGUAUUGGCUAGAUUCUUAGAUUUUGAAAGUUUAGGUGAAAAUUUUAUAGCUAAAGAAAUAAUCAAAUUGAAUUUUAAAAUACCUACUAAAUUUAAUAUUGCUUCUUUUUAAAUUGAUAUUGGAAUUGGAUAAAUUGAAAUCAUUGUCUAAUGUUUUACAUAAUAAUUAGAAGAAAUUGCUAAAAUAGUAAUGAAAAACUAUUAAGAUGCUUAUACUAUUAAUAAAGCUGAUUUUGAAUGGUAUAUUGAAAAUUUAUAGUAUUAAGAUAAAUAUUGGGAAAAAAAUACUACAACAAUAGAAAAAGCUAUGUUUUAUGCAAAAUAAAUCCUAACUAACUCAUAAGAAUUUUAGUAGCAUAAAUUUGAUGUCAAAUUUGAAAAAAUUUAGGAAACAUUAAAGAAACUUUGGGAAAAUCAAAGAUUUGACAUUUUGUUUUAUGGAAAUGUUGAUGCUGAUACUUCUAAAUAAAUAUUUGAAUAAAUUUUACCAAAAGUAUAAAGCAAAAGCAAAUAAUUUUUUACAGAAGAAACUUAUAAAUUGUCAAAAAGAGCUAUAACAUAUAGAUUAGCAAAAUUAAAAUCUGAAAGCAUCGUGACUUUGAAUUUAUAUUAAGGAUCUGACCCAAGUUUAGUUUAAUAUGUUUAUAUGAGACUUUUAUAAAGAUUGAUGAAAUUUCAUAUAGAAGAUUAUUUAUUUAAUUAAUUGUAAUUAGGAUUUGCAGUAGAUGUAUCAUUAAUAUCCGUAAAUCACAUAGAUUCAAUAGUAAUAAUAGUUUAAAGUAAUUCAUAUGAUCCUGAAGAAAUUGAUUUUUAUAUUGAAGAAUCAUUAGGUUAUUUUGAAACAUUUUUAAAUAGAAUGCUUGAUAAAGAUUUUGAUGGGUAUUAAUAAUUUUAUAUAGUAUUAGUAUAAAAUAGGCUAUACAGAAAUAAUUAUAACAAAUUCCAAAUACUUUAGAGUAACAGGCUGAUAUUAUUUGGAAUUCAAUUAGAGAUGGAUCAUAUUAUUUUACUUAAAGAGAAUGUACUAUAUUAGCUUUGGAAAAGAUUUCAAAAUCAGAUCUUAUGAAAUAUUUUUUGAUUUUCUUUAAAGCUAGGAAUUCAAAAUUAUCUUUAUAACUUUUUAAAGAAGGUUCAUAAAUUCCAAUGGAAGUAUUAAGAGAAUAAGAUACAUUUGCUUAGAAAACAUCUGAUUUAAUUUUGAAUUAAGAAUAAUUUUAAUAAGCAAUAAAAGAAACCUAUAAGUUUAGAUCUAAAUAUAUAGAAUAAGCUCCUUAACAUGUAUGUUGA